AUGUAUCCAGAUACACAAAUUAUUCAGAUUGUUCAACCAGCAAGUUCCUUUGGCCGGAGUCAGCGUCCACGCGGCGAUAUUCUUGGUUCGACAGAGCAGAAGAUCGUGGAGAUUUGGGAAGAAUUUCUUUUCAAGACUGCGGCCAGGCAAAACAUCACUGCGACGACGGAUUUCUUUGCCAUUGGCGGCACGACUCCUCUCUUAUCCCAUGUGCUCGAUAGGAUGCGUAAAGCAUUCAGAGAGACACUCACCAUAACAGAUCUAGUUCACAAUGCGACACUGAGGGGAAUGACGACAGUGGCCAUGAACAAGACAAGCAUUUUCACACUCGGAGGCGCAUCCAUCGACUGGAAGUCUGAGACUGCUCUUCCAAUGACAAGGGGACCUGAUUUCUCUGCCGAAGCCGUGAAGACUGGCCAGGCGCUGGUUGUCCUCCUAACUGGAGCCACCGGUUUUAUAGGUCGCGCAAUCCUGGAAUGUCUCGCCAGUGUAGAGGAAGUGGUAUUGAUACACUGUGUCGCUAUUCGCUCGCCAGCUAAAACCGUUCCGCACCCGAAGAUUAUCUACUACAAUGGUGAUCUCACUCACCACUACCUCGGGUUAUCUGAUGCGAGUUGGGAGCAGCUCAGUCGCUCGGUUGAUGUCGUCAUUCAUGCUGCGGCUUUGGCUGACCGUAUUCGCCCUUAUGCAUCCCUUCGAACCACAAAUGUGUUACCUACGAAGAAGCUCAUCCAGUUUGCAGCACCUCGUCUUAUCCCGAUCCACUUCAUCUCAUCAGCGGGAGUCGGUCGCUUCGUCGGACAUCCCACGUUUCCUGAGGUGGCAGUUGGUAGCAACCUUCCGCCGGUACAUGCCGAUGGGUAUACGGCGAGCAAGUGGGCUAGCGAAGCGGUGCUUGAGAAGAUCCACGGCAAGCUGGACAUGCCCAUCAUGAUUCAUAGGCCAACGACCAUCAUCGGACCUAAUACUUCAUCGAACGAUGUCUUGGCAAAUCUCUUUCAGUACGCUAAAGAACUCCGUGCAGUACCCGACCUCAAGCACGUGAAAGGCUUUUUCGACAUCAUUCCCCUCGAUGUUGUGGCACGCACCAUUUCGCGGGAAGCACUAAAGCCCAUUCAAGGCAUCAACUUCUCCAACAUUGGUGGUGUCAAGAGGGUUCCGGUUCGAGAUCUGCAUCUGGCUAUGGCCAUGGACACCGGUAUAGAGAUGAAAAAGGUUCACCUGCAAGAGUGGGUGCGCAUGGCAAAACGCGCUGGGAUGAGCCAGGAGAUUGCGCAUGUGUUCGAAGAGUUUGAUGAGCUUGUGAAAGUGUUUGUAUACCCAGAGGUCAAACGUAGUCGUGACCUAGCGUGA